CACCUAAUACACUUGCAACACCUCCAAAUACACUUGCAACACCUCCUAAUACACUUGCAACACCUAAUACACUUGCAACACCUCCAAAUACACUUGCAACACCUCCUAAUACACUUGCAACACCUCCAAAUACACUUGCAACACCUCCUAAUACACUUGCAACACCUAAUACACUUGCAACACCUCCAAAUACACUUGCAACACCUCCUAAUACACUUGCAACACCUCCAAAUACACUUGCAACACCUGAUACACUUGCAACACCUAAUACACUUACAUCACUUCCUAAUACACUUGCAACACCUCCAAAUACACUUGCAACACCUCCUAACACACUUGCAACACCUUCAAAUACACUUGCAACACCUAAAACACUUACAACACCUCCUAAUACACUUGCAACACCUAAUACACUUGCAACACCUCCUAAUACACUUACAACACCUCCAAAUACACUUGCAACACCUUCUAAUACACUUGCAACACCUCCAAAUACACUUGCAACACCUUCUAAUACACUUGCAACACCUCCUAACACACUUGCAACACCUCCUAAUACACUUACAACACCUCCAAAUACACUUGCAACACCUUCUAAUACACUUGCAACACCUAAUACACUUACAACACCUCCUAAUACACUUGCAACACCUAAUACACUUACAACACCUCCUAAUACACUUGCAAUACCUAAUACACUUGCAACACCUCCAAAUACACUUGCAACACCUAAUACACUUACAACACCUCCUAAUACACUUGCAACACCUAAUACACUUGCAACACCUUCUAAUACACUUGCAACACCUAAUGCACUUGCAACACCUAAUACACUUACAACACCUCCUAAUACACUUGCAACACCUAAUACACUUACAACACCUCCUAAUACACUUGCAACACCUAAUACACUUACAACACCUCCUAAUACACUUGCAACACCUAAUACACUUGCAACACCUUCUAAUACACUUGCAACACCUAAUACACUUGCAACACCUAAUACACUUACAACACCUCCUAAUACACUUGCAACACCUAAUACACUUACAACACCUCCAAAUACACUUGCAACACCUCCUAAUACACUUGCAACACCUCCAAAUACACUUGCAACACCUCCUAAUACACUUGCAACACCUCCUAAUACACUUGCAACACCUAAUACAUUUGCAACACCUCCUAAUACACUUACAACACCUCCAAAUACACUUGCAACACCUCCUAAUACACUUGCAACACCUCCUGAUACACUUGCAACACCUCCUAAUACACUUGCAACACCUCCAAAUACACUUGCAACACCUCCUAAUACACUUGCAACACCUCCAAAUACACUUGCAACACCUCCAAACACGCUUGCAACACCUCCUAAUACACUUGCAACACCUCCUAAUACACUUGCAACACCUCCAAAUACACUUGCAACACCUCCAAAUACACUUGCAACACCUAAUACACUUUCAUCAUCCUUUAAUGUAUCUUUAUCUCUCCUUCAGUUUCCCUUUAUAAAAAGAUAA